CGUCCCUCCGGAAGGGGAGGGGCGCGGCGCAAGGCGUCCUGGGAAACGUAGUCCAGAAACUCCGAGAUGACCCCAACAUUUGAGGGAAGGAGAAUUUUCUCAAGUGAUUUGACACACAAAUGUGUAUGCGUCAUAGUCCCUCAUCUUUUGGCAUCUGAACUCACUCUUCCAGAGCCUCACCCAGCUUUUCCUCUUCCCUGAGCUGGAAGAUGAGAGGAGGUGACCUCUAAGAAGCUGAGGCCUGUAGGAAACAAGAACCAGCGCACAGGCCCUUGUGUCUCCUCUUACUCUACUGGGUCUCCUGCUGUGCUCUCCACCCAGGACCUGCUGCCUCUGUGCACUACUAGGUGCACAGCCCAACCAGUGUCAUUUCUAAACUAAGAAAGGAAGGAAGGGAGGAAGAAAAAAAGAAAGAAGUUUAAAAAAAGAUACAGGGAAGACCUAGAAAGGAGCCCUCUAAAGGCUCCCAGAGAGACAGGAGCAGAUUUUUUUUCCCUUUUUURCAUUAAAUGAGUUAACAUGCAAAUAUCAUGCUCUUUGGCUCCGCUUCUGUGGAUCCAGAGCAAAGGACUGCCGCACGCCGCCGGGAGAAAGCCCAGAUCCAACAAGCUGCUGCUGUCCAGCUCUGCUCCUCCCUGCUCAGCUAGGGCACUUGCUCUUCCCUGUUCUCACCAGAGAGGCACAAGCGCUCCGUCCCUUCCAGCGGCAGGCGAAGGGAAGAGAAAGGGUCUGUUGUUUUUCUCUCCUUGUUUCUCUCUCCCUCUCUGCUGAUUACCAAGCUGCUGACCGGAUCAGAAAGCUCUAAUGGAAAUCCUCCAGUGCUGGGCAAACCCCUCCUCCUCCAGAGAGCUUGUCUUUGACUAAUUUUUCUUUCUCCCAAUGGGAAAAAGAGAGAGAGAGAAAGAGGAAAAAAGAAAACCCACAAACUUCCUUUGAAAACCAGUUUGUAGUUAGGGCCUGGAGUGCGCACGCGGAGACUCAGCCUCUCAAGAAUCCUGAAGCCACUCUGAGCCACCACCGGGAGCACCUGGGCUGCGCCCCUGCUUGUCCUCACCCUACUGCGGUGCCCCAGUCCUGGGCGUGAGUCCGGAAGUAGCCACAACCCAGCCUGGACGGCCAGCCACGCUUGUAAAGCUGUGUCAACCUGUAUAAGCUGUGGACAGCCGGCCUGGUGGUGCCGCUCGCUGAUCCCACCUCCCCCAUCAGACUGCCAGAGCUGAACCCUCCUGCUCCGUCCUGGAACUGCACCCACUUCUUUAAGAGAAGCUGGCUCCACUCAGUGUGUUCAGUCCCUCCAGAACUAUCACUCUCAAGCCUAGAAGCCCAAGGCACUGUUGGUUCCAUCUGGUCACAAGUUAAAAGUGGAAAGAUCUCAGUCUGAAUCCUGUUUAUGCAAGCUGAGAAAGGCAUGUACUACUUGUAGCCAGGAGUGCCUGUGCAGAUACACAGCCAGCCUUCCAUACAGCAUUCAUUUUCUAAGACUUCUCUGGGUGGCUUUGCUUUCUGGCUCAACGAUCUUCUUCUUACUGGACAGGUCUAUGUUUUGCCUACGAAGACUGACAUAGGCAAGCCCUUGAGGUUAGGAAACAUCCUCAGCAUCCCUCGGUUGACUCCCUUUCCAUCAUGGAGCACCCUCAGCCUGAACAUCCGUCCUCGGGUAAGGCCAGGAAUGCAGAAACAGACACCUCUGAAAACCAGGAGGUCCUAUCAGGACCAGAUGAGUACCCUCAGGACCAAGACACCAGAGAUGCUGAUGAGGAAGCUGCAAAACAAGAGCCAGGAGACCAAGCUUUGUUACCAACCCAGAGUGGGGAGAACCUUGAGUCCCCUCCUCCUGAAACUAACUCAAGUCAACCUGGGCCAUCCUGUAGCAUGUCACCUGAGGUAGAGACACUAGGAGCAUGCUCCAAGCCCCAGGAGCUUCCCCAGUCUCCGAGGACCCGACAGACUGAGCCAGAUUUCUACUGUGUAAAAUGGAUCCCCUGGAAGGGAGAACGGACACCCAUCAUCACCCAGAGCACUAAUGGUCCUUGCCCUCUCCUUGCCAUCAUGAAUAUCCUCUUUCUUCAGUGGAAGGUGAAGCUAUCUCCCCAGAAGGAAGUGAUCACAACAGAUGAGCUCAUGACCCACCUUGGAAACUGCCUCUUGUCCAUCCAACCUCAGGGAAAAUCAGAGGGACUUCAGCUUAAUUUUCAACAGAAUGUGGACGAUGCAAUGACAGUGCUGCCAAAGCUGGCCACCGGUCUUGAUGUCAAUGUGCGAUUCUCAGGAGUCUCUGACUUUGAGUACACACCCGAAUGCAGUGUCUUUGACCUACUAGGCAUACCUCUGUACCAUGGCUGGCUUGUUGAUCCACAGAGUCCAGAGGCUGUGAGCGCAGUUGGGAAACUGAGUUACAACCAGCUAGUAGAGAAGAUCAUCACCUGCAAACACUCCAGUGACCCCAACCUCGUGACAGAAGGCUUGAUCGCAGAGCAGUUCCUGGAGACCACUGCAGCACAGCUGACCUACCAUGGCCUGUGUGAGCUUACAGCAGCUGCCAAGGAGGGUGAACUUAGUGUCUUUUUCCGCAACAACCACUUUAGCACUAUGACUAAGCACAAGAGUCAUUUGUACCUACUGGUCACUGACCAGGGUUUUCUCCAGGAGGAGCAAGUGGUAUGGGAGAGCCUGCACAACGUGGACGGAGACAGCUGCUUCUGUGACUCUGACUUCCACCUGAGUCAUUCCCUCAGCCAGGGCCCUGAAGCACAAGGUGGGGGUAGCUCCCCAGAGAAGCAGCUACAGGUAGACCAGGAUUACCUGAUGGCCUUGUCCUUGCAACAGCAGCAGCAGCCACAAGGAAUGCUGGGCCUUAGUGACCUGGAGCUGGCCCAGCAACUUCAGCAAGAGGAGUAUCAACAGCAGCAACCAGUCCAGCCUGCACAGAUGCGGGCCCUGUCACCCCAGGGGAGAGGAGCCACGUCAGGACGCCCAGCCGGGGAGCGCCGACAGAGGCCGAAGCAGGAGUCGGACUGUACUCUGCUAUAGCUCUGCCCGCUGCUCUUCUGAGCUGCCCAGUUUCUCAGAAGCUGUGGUUAGGUUGCUGCUCCCCCAUCUCAACCCCUGAGAUACAUGGGGUAGCUUAUUUAUGGACUGUUGGGGGUCAGACCAGGCAGUGGUAGAUACCAAGGUCAAACUCGGUAAUGUCCUUGCCCUCGUAUGCUGCUGCCUUCUCUUCCUCCCAGGGCAACACUGGGAUGGGCCGGGUGCAGAUGUCUGAUUCCUAACUCCCUUUCCCAGAAUAAUCACAUGAACACACAGACUCAGGCUACGGGGUGAGGGCCUAUCUGGGCUGCACAUCUCUCCCUCCUCCCUACCCAGCAGGUCUGUCUCCUUUUGCUUCAGGGUUUGAUUUGGGUUUCUAUAUCUGUUAUUUGUAAUGCCUUCCUAGGGGUUUGGAAAUAAAAUUCUUUCCUGAGAUGUUGU